UUCAAAACAAGCCCAGACACACACCGAGCGACCGAGCGACCGGCCGCCGCCGCCGCUGCUCAGGCAAUGCACGUCCCCACUCGCCAGGGCGAGACGCCACACUGACCAGCCGCGGGACGGCGGAGGACGAGCCGCCCACACAUCCACACCAUCGGACCGCGAUCGUUCACCGCGCGCUCUCUCUCUCUCUCUCUCUCUCUCUCUCUCUCUUUUUCUUUUCCUCCCCCCUCGUCCUUUACCUCAAGCGGUUUCCUUUUCUCCGAUAAGCAUCACGCCAUCGAGCUUUACCUGUGCAUUUAUGGAGACGCCGCCGCCGCCGCCGCCGCCGACCACGACCACGACCACGACGACGAUGACCGUCGCGGAUGAGCUGACGAGCGCCGCGGCGAAGGGGCGCACGGCAGAUGUGGAGCUUCUCCUGCGGGGAGGAGCGGAGGUUAACGGGCUCAACCGUUUCGGACGCACGGCUCUGCAGGUGAUGAUGAUGGGGAGCACACCGGUGGCCAGGGUGCUGCUGAAGCACGGCGCGGACCCCAACGUGGCGGACGGACGCACCGGGAGCAGCCCGCUGCACGACGCGGCCCGGGAGGGCUUUGUGGACACCGCGCGCCUGCUGGUGGAGCACCUGGCCGACCCGCAGGCCCGGGACAACGCCAAGUGUCGGCCCGUCGACUUGGCCAGAGACAACGGCCACGACGACGUGGUAGCUUUCCUGGAGUCUCUGUAAAAAAAAAAAAAAAUGUUUUUGGAAUCCGCCGGGCUGCUCCUUCUCGGUCCGGGACCGGGGAGGGCGGUGCUCGGGAGAGACGGGCCCCGCAGAGGCCCGCGGGCUCAACACCACACACUGACUGCUCUGCUGCAAUAUCUAUUUUUUAUUUAUUCGUCUGUUUUUAUCGAAGCAUGACUGCAUUAUUAUUAUUAUUUUUUUAACGAAAUCAGGGUCAUCAAUUGGCACAAAGUCGCUAAUAUGUAAAAUAACAAGCUAAAAAAAAAAAAAAAAGCUGCAAUAUAGUUAUAUCGAUCGAAAUGCUAUUCGGUAAACUGUCGUGUACAGUUUACAGCGACACUAAGACUUUUUGUUUGAUUUUUAGCUUCGGUUGUAUCAUUGGAAGAUAAAUUAGAAGCUUACUGUAGUUCGACCGUUUUAAAUGUUUAGUUCUUUUCAGUAGGAUUGUGGUCCGUUUUUCUCAUAAACCCAAUUAAGAUUUCUGACUUCUCAAUGGUUUUCCAUGUCAAAUAUUUAACCAAAUAACACAAAAACCAUUGGAGAAAAAAAAAGCACGUUAGUGUCCAACUGAUGCACUAUAUUCUGUAAGAAUUAUCUCUGUAGAGUCCCAUUUUCUGUUUGUACAAAUGAUAUCCACAUCUCCGAUAAGUAUGCACUUUAGAAAAAAAAAAAAUGUCAAUGUAAAGUGUUUUAUGGUAGGAAGCAGGUUAGAAGCAAAAGUAAUCGGGUUAUGCUUCUCAUACUGUAAUGUCUGGUUUACUGCAGAUUUUAAAUCAAGGGAGAAUAGGGAGAAUAAACUUUUGUUAGAUA